AUGGAUACUGAUCUUCCACACACAACAACUGUGGGAGUAGAUAAUUCUAUUACAACUCAUCUCCAAGAGUUAUAUGAAACACUUAGUAUCCUAUCUGAUGGAAUAGAAACAUUGAAUGAUGACGGACAACGUCUGAACAAUGAAUUACUUCAAUGUCAAAUUAAACUUCAAACAUUAGAACAAGAUUUUUCACAAAUUAAAUUAUCUGUAGAAGAAACAAACAGUUUUGUGCAAGGAUUAAAACCUAAUCAAGACAUUCUUCAUCAAGAUUUAGUAUCAAUCAAGCAAAAGAUCGAUGAUAUGCAAUAUGUUUCCUAUGAUGGAAUAUCUGUGUGGAAAAUUGCGAAUUUUAGAGAGAAAAUGAUUGAUGCUCAAUCUGAACGACAAACUUCAAUCUAUUCUCCUCCAUUUUAUUCAUCCCCAACUGGCUACAAAAUGCGAGCACGUUUGUAUUUAAAUGGUGAUGGAAAUGCUCGUCGUACACAUAUUUCACUUUUUUUUGUGCUUAUGCGUGGUUUAAAUGAUGCAAUACUCAAAUUCCCAUUUAAUUACAAAGUCACAUUCUGUUUGUAUGAUCAAACUCCUGCACAACGACAUAUCAUCGAUUCAUUUCGACCUGAUAUAAGAUCGAAUAGUUUUCAGCGGCCAAGAUUUGACAUGAACAUAGCAAGUGGUAUACCAAAGUUUUUUCCAUUGGCAAUGAUUGAACAAGAUGACAAUCCGUAUGUCAGAGAUGAUACCAUGUUUAUCAAAAUUCUAGUUGAUUUUGGUGAUAUGCCCAAAACACUGUUACCCUAUGCCUUGAGUCUCAAUCCAGGUUUACCAACACACAUCCAGCAGAUGAUGAUUAAGCAAGAGGCUGAAAGAAGAGCUCAACAAUAA